AAAAUACCUGUCAUUUCGGUGUGCGUUAUUGUCUCUGAUUAGGCGCCAUUCCUUGGAUCCAUCAUCGCAGACAUGGGAGAAGAAUCUACCAGCAACGACUUCGCUCAUGAGCAAGGACUCACUAAAGAACAAGUUGCAGAGAGAUAUUGUAAAUGGGCACAGAAUUCCAAGUACGAACGGGAUCUUCGAGAAGAGAACUACAAGGGUCCAGUGAUUGCCGCAAAUGCGGUAGCAGACUUGUUCCCCAAUGCAGCACAGAAGUCCUCGAUAAACAUUCUUGAUGCGGCGGCUGGAUCUGGCUUUGCUGCUGAAAAGCUAAAAGAGAAGGGUUUCUCUAUGAUGGAUGCAUUGGAGCCCAGCAAGGGGAUGCUGACGCUUGCCAAAGAAAAAGAUCUAUACCAAAGGACAUUCCAGGCUUUCCUCGAUGGAAAGCAGUUACCAAUUGAAUCUGGUGGCUAUGUGGUGAUAGUUAUGAGAGAGCAAUACUUGAGCUCCGUGGCAGAAUACAAAGAUCGUCUGGAACCCCAUAUGAAGGAACUGACACAGAAGGGCAAAUGGGAGCCUGUAUCCAGAACUGUUGUGCCGAGAUAUUCUUUUAAUAAUAAUGGCGUUGUCUUCGUUUUUAAGGUUAAGGGUUCUUCUUAAAGCAACUCAAUGAGGACGCACAACGCCUGAAGAUGCGUUGUUUUGGGACACUUUAAAAAAUAACUAAACUUCCUUAUUUAUCCAGAGUUUUCUGUUCUGUUUUCUUUGUCUGAAGCAUAAAAAAAUGAACAACAACAUGCAUGCGAUGAAAAACGCAAGUUCGUGUUCCUGAUCUGUGUAUGUAUGAUGGUUCAAUUUGUGCCACAUCUUUGCUUUUGGUCUGUUGGGGCAUCUAAAUAUUGUGUUUUAGGGUGAAAUUAUGAAAACUGGGUUUGUCACUUAUUAUAUUUCCUGGAUAUUUCCUGAACAAUGCCCUGAAACGUAUGUAAGCGUGUGUAAGUGGUGUUUGAAGGGAUUUUAGAGCAGUGGGUAGAGACUUUAAAAAAGAAAGUAAUUGCCACUUUUUGUCUCGAAAAGCAUGUUUUGUACCGCUUAUAUUAUUAUGCUUCAGUUUUAGUAGCAAACUCCCUUUCUAUGUCUGCUGUGUUAAUAUUAUCAAGUAGUUGCUAUGUUUUAGUUUGAAAUAUCUUUUGAAGGUUUUUGCUGGAAAGAGAAUUGUUUUGGCUUUUUCUUACCUUUAUCGGCCGUUUUCUCAAAAUGCUACUUUCACGCACAUAAUCCCUUUUUCAUGCUUUGUUUCUUUAUUCAAUUGAUAUGUAACUUUCACAGAAUGUUAACAACAACUAGCUCUAAACGGUGGUAUGAUGAAUUUUUUAUUGCACUUGUAGUUUUUUAAAAAUAAAUAGCCUCAGAACGCCUGAUGUUUCGUUUUAUUCUUAGUUAUUCAAUAAGCCUAUUUAUAAGUGCCAUAAAAAGAAAACUAAAGCAUAUAUCCAAAAUUCCUCGAGCCAAUAUUUAGAUCCAUACUUUUCCUACGAACGUGCCAAAUUAAAAGUGUGUAUUUGUUGAAAAACAAGUGAACAAAAUACGUAUGCAAAAAUCCAAUAUGGCCGCCGUUUCCAUGGCAACCGAACGAGAUUUACUUUUUUUAACAAUAUAUUUUAAUCUCCUAUAAUACAUGUUGUCCCACAGCAAAUAUGCGCUCUCCGGGGUUUGUAAUAACCGAGAUAGCCCUCAGGUGCCCCAUCAGCCCUUAAGGACAAUUAAUAGUUAACGUCUGUAAUACUUAUAGUAAGUUCAUUAAGUGUUUAAGGCCAUAGUCCCACAUCACAUCAUAUAAAACACUCAUUUGUUAAAUAGAGUUUCCAUUAUAAUUAAAGCGUACAGGCUGUGCACAGAUCUCUUAUCAUUGGUCAAACAUAAAUGUCACUGAGCCGUCAGGCUGGGAGGAAUACUUUCCUUUGAUGGACAAAAUAAUAUGGACCCUAGAAAGAUAAAGUGAAAUUCAUAUAUUAUAUUUAAUUCCAUGAGAGUUACUCCUCUCACAGGGCCGUUUUGAAACUGAGAUAAAAACCAGAAAAGUUGUAGCAGGUUUGGGGUAAUAACAUACUGAAAAGAGGUAAACUCCAAUAGAAUUGAAGUAUAUGUCAUAUCCUAAGUUUGCAAAAACUCACAUGUGACAUUUGAAACGGAUUUGGGGGGAAGAAGCCUUAAAGCCUUUGAACUGAUUUGCUUUUGUACCGUGGAGCGUACUGUAUGUCAGAUGUAUAAAUAACCGAUCAAAAAGGCAUCUCCGGAAUAAUAAUAAAUAAUGAUAAUGAUAACAAUUCGUUCGUCAUCAAUGUCCUGUGUAUCUGCAGGGGAGCACAUUUCAAAAAUAGAAUAGAAGAAAAAACGAUUUAGAUAGUGUGUGGUUUUUGCUAUGGCCGGUGAGACCAAUUUUGGCACAGGUAAGAGUGUGCCACAUGGUGAGAAAAAUACAGAGUAAGUAAUAGGCUACACGUUGUCAAGGAAUAACUGGAUGAUGCUUUUCAAAUAGGCCUACAUAAUAUGUGUAUCAUCCUAUUCUUAACUUAAUAGGAACAUUUUCGAACACGUAAAUAUUUGUACGUUUAAAAAGAAAUUUGGUUUGUGUUUUUAAAAAGUGUUUAUUCAGUGUUGAUCACAUCUUACAGAAGUGAAAACAAUUCCGCGAAUAUUACACCUGCCAAAACGCAGCACUUUCACACAUUUACUGAUAGGUUACAAGAUUUAACACUAUACACCACGCGGAAAGCCGAAGUAUUUUCCUAAAAUGGGAGAGUUGGAAACACACGCGUCCUCACUUGUCGAACAAUUGACACUCCUGUUGUUGCUGGGUUUUUUAACCAAUUGAAAACUCCUUCUUUGAAGUCUGUAUUUCACAAUACUCUUUUUAAGUUAGUGGUUGACCUUUCUUGGUUACUUUCUGAGUAACGUAUUAAUUUCACCCUUACAAUCCCCUUUACAUUCAUUGUGAUCGCAACUCGUUGGGAAAUAUUUCACUGCCAAGUUGGGUAACUGUAUGCUUCCCGGGAAGCUGAGAAUGUUUCGGAGUGGUCUAUGGUCUGCUGGGGUAAUAAUAUAGUGUAAAGCGCAUAGAGCCUGCUGUUGAGCGGGGAUAUGCGCUAUACAAAUGCUAUCUAUUAUUAUUAUUUAACUGUGAGAUGAAGCACGCCACAAUCUCAACAACGCUGUUUUUACGAUUAUGAACUGUUACUGAUGAUGAUCAAUGAACUGUUUUACAAAAACACUUUAAAAUGUUGUGGACUUAUUGCCAUGUCGGUAAAUAAAAAGCAGACUACUGCAGACAAGCCAA